AUGCUGGAGGCCUGGCGGGGAGGAUCCGCCCGCGCUGUCCCUGGUGCUGGGCCGCCCUCAUCAGGGGACACGCGGGCCCCUGAGGCGACCCUGAGGCUUUCCCAAGGGAGAGAACAGAGAGGGGCUGUGUCCUCCCUUGGUGUGCCAGACUGGUGCAGGCAGAGGGGUCCCUUCCCACGGAACUUACUGAGGAGUCAUUUAGUGGGUCGUGUGGCCACCGUCUGCCCUCCCCAGUGGCCACCAGCCGGGGUCAUCUGGGGACCCGAGCAGCGAGAUCCCGCAGAGGCGCCUGAGGCGGAGGCUGACAUCACACAAGCUCUUCUUGCUAGAAGAAAACGGUUUGAAAUGAAUACAGAUGCUUCUCUCAAAAUUAUUAAUGAAAAUAUUGAACAUAUUCGCAAAAUACAACAAGAGCAAAGGCAGAAUCUUCAUUACAAAUAUUCUCAGCAAUUUCUGCCUUUGUUUCAACAGUGGGACAUAGAAGUACAGAAAGCUGAGGAGCAAGAAGAAAAACUAGCUAAUAUGUUUCAAGAGCAAAGAAAGCUUUUUCUUCAAUCUAGAAUUAUUCAGCGUGAGAAAGUUAAAGAAAUUAAAAAUUUGUACGAGCAAUUGCUAAAGAGUAUCAAAGACCUGGAGGAGUAUCAUGAAAGUCUUGUUAUUGGUGAACAAAGUAAAGUGAAAAAAGAAAUGGCUGAGUUGCAGGAAAAAAUUCUUAGGGAGACUCAACAGCAAGAGGUGGCAGUUGUUGAAAAGUCUCUUCAUUCUCUGUUAUACUGAUGGCUCUGAAGAAAAAACUCAAACCUACAUUACCUACAGUUCAAAAAACUCAAACCUAAGUUACCUAAGUUAAAUAUAACAUUAGCUACAAUAAUAGACAUUCUAAUAUAAUGCAGUACACGUUUGUCAUUUUGUUAAACACAAGAUGUUCACUCUGUUAACUAUCAAUUGAACCCUAAACGGUUUUGUAAGUAGCAGCAAUUACAAAGUUGUACAUAUCAAACUUCUAGCCCUUUGGCAGUAAU